AUGGACUCCCAGCUGUUCCACAAGGGAAAGGCCCAAAACCAGUGUCACCAGCACCACCGGCCGUCGUCACUCAAGGUAAACCCCCGAAAUCGGUCACUCCGGAUGCAGCUCCCGUCGUUACCCAAGGGAAACCCCCUAAACCUGCAACGCCUGGACCCGUUCCUGUCAUCCCCCAAGGAAAGGGCCCAAAACCAGUUGCUCCUGAAGGAGUUCCCGUUGUUCCACAGGGAAAAGGCCCCAAGCCAGUUGCUCCUGAAGGAGUACCCGUUGUUCCACAGGGAAAAGGCCCCAAGCCAGUUGCUCCUGAAGGAGUACCCGUUGUUCCACAGGGAAAAGGCCCCAAGCCAGUUGUCCCUCAGUCAGGUGGUCAAGAAGAAACCAGUGGUUCCUGAGACGAAGAGCCCCAAAGUCCCAGGGCCCGGGGUUCCCCCCGAGGGGCAGGCCCCCAAAAGUGUGCCAGUGCCUGUGCCCGAGCCACAGGGGGUGCCCAGUGGGGGGCCCGAGCCCGGGGCACCGGGGAACCCCAAAAAUGUGCCCGCGGUCACUAAAGGUGUCCCCUCGUGGGCACUCACUCCUGGAGCUCCCGUUGAUAACACCCCGCCAGUGGACACAGUGGAAGUGCAGGGCCCUAAAGCUGAGCCUGAACUAACAGGUCUGGGCCAGCCCGCUGGACAGGGUCCUAAACCUGGAUAUGGAGCAGGAGCAGGAUACCCUAAUGGAGGCGGAGCCAAAGCCCCUAAGCCAGUUUACGGAGCAGGAGCUGGUGGAUACCCUUCAGCUGGACUGGGCAAUGGCUACGGACCAGGUUAUGGGAAUGGACAGGGCCUGUAUCCUGGUGCUGGCUAUGGUAAUGGCAUGGUGCUGCAGAAAGUUCCAUUCAAACGAAUGGGACGUCCCAACGUUUCUCCAGCUGGGAUGGGAGAGGCCACAAAAGGAAAGCCAAUACCAUCAGGCUAUGGAAAUGGAUAUGCACCCCCAGCAUACCCGGGUUACGGCCCUGGUGCUGACUAUCUUGGAGGAGAGGGCAAAUCAGCGGGAGCUGGAGACAUCUCGGGACCGGAGGCCGGACCUGCAGUGGAUCCUGCAGCUGGGAAAUAUGCCGCAGGAAAACUCCCCUACAACGGAGCGCCAAUCGUCCCUGCUGGACUUGAUGGAAACGGUCAGUUCCCCAUGGAGCCCCUGACUGCUGGCCUUGGGCCUGAUGGGAAAUCUGGUGGAGUUUACGGUGGACUUCCGUACGAGGGUCAACCAAUGGGCUAUGGAGGAGAGGCGAAGUCGCAGAUGAAGUAUGGCAUUGGGGGCAUGUCUUUUGGGGGCUCACCCAUGGGACUGGGUCCAGACCCCUCAGGGAAAUAUGGAGCUAACAUGCCCUAUGGUGCACAGCCAUACGAUGCUAAAUCAGCUGGUAAAUAUGGAGGAGGCCAAGCUCUCCCAUAUGAAUCUCAGCCCCUUGGAUCCAACGGCAAAUCUGGACCCAAGUAUGGGCUUGGAGGGCUGCCGUACGGAGGCCAACCCAUGGGACUGGGAGGGAACGGCAAAUCUGGCGCCACAUACGGAGGUUCACCAUACGGUGGUCAGCCACUGGACGCUAAAUCAGCAGGGAAAUACGGCGGACUGCCUUAUGAAGCACCUGGGCCUCAAGGCCAACCUGAUGGGCAGUAUGGUGCACCAGAGGGUCACUACUCUCCAGACACCAUCUCCCUGGGAGGCGAUGCCAAGUCAGGAAAGUAUGGAAACCCAGCGUUGCCGUAUGAAACUCUCCCCAUGGGCCCAAUCACUGAUGGCAAAUCGGUGGAACCUUUAGCUCCGUAUGAGGCCCUUCCUCCGGUUCCGCAGAUUGACGGCGUCAAAUCCAUCGACCAGUUCGGAGAGGGAGAGCUACAGCCACAGCAACUGCCUGAUGGUCAAGUUGUACUGGGAGAGGGAGCAGAGAACCCCACCACAGGUAAAGGUGAUUAUGUAACUGGAGCCUUUCAACCUGAAGUCGUUGCCUUCUCGCCUGCCGCUUCCGCUGGCCCCGCCCCCGUCGACAGCGACGCUGCUCCCUCAUUGGCUCCCGCGCCUGCUGUCUCCGCCCCGCUGCCCGACGACUCCUCGCUGCCCCCGUCGCUUGUGGUGCCCCUGGUGUCGGCGGCGCCCCCCGCUGGCGAUGGCGGGGCAGGGCAGCCGGGUGGCGACUCUGACCCCCCCAGCCAGCCCCCUCCCAUGGUCUCCUUCUUCGAGGCCGAGCUCCCGCCAGCGCUGCUGCAGCCAGGGCCCCACUCACACCAGAUACACAUCCAGCAGCACCUCAAGUUCCACUUUCACCCAAAGUCAUGGAAAGGUGGCAAAGAAACCAAGUAUGAGCUGAAUGGAUUCUUUGGUGGUAAUGGUUACCAAGGCUAA